UCGGCCGUGCGGUGGUGUGACGUCGCAGGUUUAGUUCGCGUUAUCAGCCUCCCGGUCUGUGCCGCGUCGCCGUUCGAAUUUUUUUUACCACUUGUUGGGUGGCGGUUGUUCCCAAGCCGGCGCCGAGUGUAGUGAUCCAGUGCUGUUCAGUGUCUGUCCCGCAUUUCUUCGCGCCCAGUGACUGGAAGCUGUAUAUAUACAUAUCUCUCUGUCCCUUUGUUUUUGUUUUUCUCCACUUCCGUCGAGCGUAAUCCGGCAGCGCAGGCUACGAAGCACACCUGCGUCUGGGAGCGAGCAUCGGCUAUCGGCAUUCCCCAUCGGUUAUUCCAACUGUCGUCGUCGAGCAUAGAAGAAUAAGUGACAAGAGUUCUGUGCAGCAUAAGGUUGCUGUGCUGAAGGAUAUGCCCAGACAGCAAUUGGGAUCUUAAGCAGGCCAAGGGGAAUGUGUCUCUACGUGCUGGCUGCACAAGAUGAGCUAAGCCGGGAGGUGUAGCAGUGAUCGCGGCACAGAGCAGAAGACAGAGGGGCCAUGUCUGCAGCGACGGGCCACUCGCUGAACCUGAUGGCGUGCGUGCGAGAGUCGUCGCCGCAGGAGCCGCCGGCCGACGCCGACCAGACCAGCCGCCAGGAGGGCAAGAGGAGGCGGUUCCACCCGCUGCGAGGGCUGCGGCGCAUGUUCCGGCGCAAGGCGGCCCCUGCCGGCGGCGGCGCCGCGGGAUCGGCGGCCGGCGGCUGCCGCUCCGACGAGGAGGACGCGCACCACCACCACCUGCACGACCACCACCACGCGCACCACCACCACCACCACCACCACGCGGACGGCGCGCCGCUCGACCACCUGCAGCAGGAACAGCUGCGCUGCCGGUCCGCCAGCGAACUGCUGGCGGCCGAGGGGCCCACCGCGCGCCGCAGGAGCGGCGCCGGCGCGCCGGCCCUGGGGCUGCGCGCGCACGCCGGCUACUCCCACGCCUGGGGCGGCAGCCCUGCCCCGCCGGCUGUCCAGACAACCUGUCGCCGCCCCGUGACUCACCAGGGCGCGUCUUGA